AUGGACGCCGCAACAGCUGCAGCGGUGGCUGCUUUGGUGGUCUCAGUCCUGGCCAUGACGAUUGCUACUGCACAGGUUCUUCAGCAAUAUCUCAACACUGGCCAGCUGAUUCGAAUGUGCGAUAGCGUCGUCUAUGGUAAAAUGCCCGGUAGAGGACGCAGAAUUUGGGAAUACUCACAAUUUCGUUUUCGGGUCGUUUAUUCGGUACCACAGAUCAGCCUCCGCCCAAGCUUGUGGGAGGACAGCCUUGCACAUUAUGUCAGUUACGAGCGAGGGCUCUUGCCGCUUCCUGAUCUCCAUCGUGAUGCCCUAGACACCCAUCCUUCGCUCUUCCAACGUAGUGCGAAGGGAAGAGGCUCUGCACAAUCUGCAGAAACUGGCGAGGCCUGUUGGGUGUCCUUUUGUCGAGUCGCACAGAACUCAUGUACAGACGACCUCUUCUAUGAGCUACUCCACCGCGAUGCCGACAGAUGCCCUUCAGAUCUUCCAGUUGUACCCAUGCAAGUGUCCAUGCGUGACAUCGUCAUUAUCGCAUUGAUGGCUGGUAUGAGAUGCACUGAUGCCUCGUUCGAAGGGAAAUCCAUCGCUAUGGAUGGCGAAGCUGGUGCAAUUACUAGUUCAUGGCAUCCGAUGCUGGGAUCUAUUAUUCACUUCAGCCCGAGGAACUCACAUCGACCUCUUGGUAUUCGUCUUAGAGGUGGGAAAAUCGAUCCUGCUUGGAUGGCAAGGACAUGGGAUGUCGUCACUGUUGCCGGCCGCAAAUAUGAUGCACGCGAUCGAAAGACCUUUGAAGCUUAUGAGGGCAACAGCUGGGUGGCCUCAUCCCGUGGCCGCUCCAUGGCCAAGGCAUCUGAUGCAAAUUACUUCUAUUCUCUAUCUCCAGUGCGAAGCUUUCGACUGAGGUCAACUUCACCAACCCAGACGCUUCGGAGGCGCAGAACUCGUUCGGUGGUGGGAGGCCCACUGUUAGUAAGACCACGCUCAAAUCCAACUACUGUACAUGCUCCCAGUAUACUAGAUCUCUCAAACUCGGACGAUCGCGCAAAUGGUCGUCAUGCUACCCCAGAUGACCGCAAACUUCAUGUGCGAACGCCUGAAAGCAAAAGGGGGACCUCGCCCCCUCUCACUCUAGGUAAUAGAGCAUUGGAUGUGUCUGCAAAUCAAGCCCUUCAACAGCAGAAAUCUAUUGCGCCAUCUCGGGGAUGGAGACAGCCAUUGAGGUAUUUCCUCGACAAGUGGCGUGGGGUCUCUAGCCAAAACAGCGUCAAAGAGCAAUCUGACGCGUACAUCACAGAUGUCGAGGGUCAUGGUACAAUUGAAGUUUCUAGCGCUGACCGAGACUUACGUGACAUGAAUCAAAGUAGUGUUCAAACUCCAGAUAUCGCAGGAGCAGAGCGGCGAUCUCCACGCCCGUUGCAUACCAAUCGAGGCUGGAAUUUGCCAGCCUCUGGACCUCGUAAAGCGCUGGAUGGCCGGUCAUUACAGCAAUACAUCAUAGAGAAGCAGCAAGCGGCACAACCCAGAUCACGAGGUCACAACAACUUGUUGACCUGGAAACCCUUUCCAGAAGAACGGGAGGAGGAUAAUGUGAGUGUGAAUGAAGACUGGCACACUUCCAUACAGCAACUGAGGCGUGAAAGAUCAUAUUCUAUGAUUGACAAGUGGCGAACAACCCUCAGCAGUAGACAGCAUAUGCGGCACGAGAGAGACGCCCAAACGGAAUGGGAAAUUGAAACUUAUUACUCAACUUCUCGUCAAUCGAGCGCAACCGCAAGUGAGCAACGACGAAGAGUCUCUCCUUCAGAAGCUCGUUCAAUCUCCCGUGAGAGCCGCGCAUCAAGGCGAAGCAGGCGAGGUCCAACGACUGAUUCCGUCAUCAAACGACUUCGCUCUGCCGAACGAGAGAUUGUAGACUCUGGAAAAUCCGUGGAUGAAAAUGCCCUUCCGGAUGAGCAUGAAGUUGCAUACGGCCGCGACCCUAUUCUGGUAGGCUCGAGCACAGAAGCUACCCGCGAACCCCAGCAGUCAACAAAAACUCCUCAGGAGGAAGGUAGAUUGUCUGCUGGAGAACUGGACAAUCUUCAACUCCUCCUGGACAGUAGCCAGCGGAAGAAGGUUCAUUACAGCUCACCUACGGAAGCUCUCCCAACUAAUAGUGAGGCUGAACGAUCGCCAAGUAUACCAGCAACUGCUAAGCCCAGCCGUUUUGAGGUCGAUCAGCCGCUCUCGAGUGACGCUGGCUUGGCUAACUCUGGAAUGCCAUCUGAGAAGCUGUUACACAAUGUUAUCCCUGUCGUUGAGCCUCGGAGAGGCAUUCUGAGACGGCCUCGGGAACAAUUUCCAGAAGACCCGAAUCCCCUCAGAGAAGGUGUUGCUCCUCUUAGAGAAGCUAGAGCGUUAGGCAUUCCACCAGGCGCUCGCUGGACAAAGAUCAGCCGCCGGCUAGUAAAUCUCGAGGCACUUGAGCAAGCACGCGAACGCUUCGAAGACCGCGGGGACUAUGUGAUUGUGUUGAGAGUUUUGACUAAGGAAGAGAUCCAAAUACUCGCCGAUAAAACCCAAGCUAUUAGAGAAGCUCGCGAGUUUGAGAGCCUUUAUCCAGAACAAGUGGCAAACCCUGGGGCCAGACAAGCGUCUUCGCGCGGCUUGCCAAGGAACCGGGCCUCGAGGGCCAGAAAUAGAUUUUCUGGUAGCCUUGAUGGCACUCGUCCCGUGGAGUCAGGGAGCGACGCGACGGAUCUGGUAGACCCUGGCGCUGGAAGUGCAGAAUCGAACACCAGCUGGUCAGGUCAAUCUGUCUACGGAUCGGGCGAGAGCUCAAAGAUCUCCCACUCCCCUGAUACAAUGUCCGAAUCUGAGGAGCUAGACCUUGGUCGACCUGAGUUGCCCGUAAGACCCGAACUCGACAACAUGGUGAACUCCAUCCUCUCAGAUAAAUCAAAGGCAGCGACAUAUAGUGACAGAUCACCGUCACCCAGACAAGUCCUGGUCGAACACUUAAGGGGGCGUCUCAAAACAAACCAAGGAUCGGUCCGUCGCCGGGCUUCCACCCGCUCGAAUUCAUCUUCAUUUUCAUCCAGGAGCUCUGGCUCCGACAGCGAGCGCUUGAAACCGCUGGACACGAGAGACAUCCUGUCCGCCUCUUACAGCGAUCCGGUUCCCGACAUUCCAAAACACGAUAGAUCAGCGGUAGACGAUGUGACAACUGGGAAGGGCACUCUGAAAGACGGUUCAAUCAAGUGGCUGUGGAUAUGUCAGGCUGAUGUUCUACCGGGCUACUUUGCAAACCCUUGGCAUGACCUUUUUUCAAGUGACACAUGCUUGGGUGCGAUUGUGACUAUGCUGGAAGUCCUUGAAUAUUACACCGACAACUCAACGCUUACUUAUGUCGACGCGCUACCGUGGUGUGAGCAGUGGCUCUAUGAAGGCAAAUCCACUCACCCAAGCUAUGCCAUUAAUGCGAUGGGGGGGACCAUUGUGCCCACGGAUUACCAUUUCCUCAAUUUUGAGAAUUACAACACUCCAAUGCCUGCGAUCCAGCUACUGCACUCAUACCAUCAUCAGAUCAACCCGUCAGGCUACCAAGGGACGAAUACUAGCGUGAUUGAGCGACUCACGGAACUUAUGGCCUUGGAUUCAUGGCUGUCCUUCUGCGGGCGCCAGCCGGAGAUAUACGACGGCCGAAACAAUCUCUUACAGAGCUUGCCGAUGUUGAUCCAGAAGAUGAUGUCUGACUUCGAUUACGAGUUCAGCAGCCUGGACCGGACUUCCACGGACGGCGGGCAUCAGAUAGUGAAAGAGCUGGCUGCACUGAUAGCACACACGCUCGAGAAGGAAAUGCUGUCGGAGGAGGAGCAGCUUUUCACGACCGUCGCCAUGCUGAGGGCGGCGAAGAUGGCGCUGUGCUUGUUGAAUGGUCCGGCUACCCUUAAGUUACGAGAUAUCUUCAUGAAAGAUGUCCACGUUUACCUCGUUUGA